AAGUGUAAGAGGGGAAGAUGUGUAUAUCAUUCAGAGUGGCUGUGGAGAAAUAAAUGACAACUUGAUGGAGCUCCUCAUCAUGAUAAAUGCUUGCAAGAUUGCAUCGUCAUCCAGAGUGACUGCAGUUAUUCCAUGUUUUCCAUAUGCCAGACAAGAUAAGAAAGAUAAGCUCUCUUAAUGCAUGUUGGCUUGUUUCUCAGAGUCGUGCUCCAAUCUCAGCAAAACUUGUUGCCAAUAUGCUGUCAGUUGCUGGGGCUGACCACAUCAUCACCAUGGACUUGCAUGCUUCUCAAAUACAGGGUUUCUUUGAUAUUCCGGUGGAUAACCUAUAUGCAGAACCUGCAGUGUUGCAGUGGAUUAAAGAGAACAUUUUGGAAUGGAGAAACUGUAUCAUAGUUUCACCUGAUGCAGGUGGAGCAAAAAGGGUUACGUCAAUAGCUGACAGAUUGAAUGUGGAAUUUGCUCUUAUUCACAAGGAAAGAAAGAAAGCUAAUGAAGUGGACAGAAUGGUCUUGGUUGGUGAUGUGAAAGAUAGGGUAGCUAUUCUUGUUGAUGACAUGGCUGACACGUGUGGCACAAUUUGUCAUGCAGUAGACAAGUUGUUAUCUGCUGGAGCAACCAAAGUUUAUGCUAUUCUCACUCAUGGAAUCUUCUCUGGUCCUGCUAUUUCUCGAAUUAAUAAUGCUGGAUUUGAGGCUGUUGUAGUAACUAACACAAUCCCACAAGAAGAGAAAAUGAAACACUGCCCCAAGAUUCAGGUUAUUGACAUUUCCAUGAUCCUGGCCGAAGCAAUCCGAAGAACACACAAUGGUGAAUCAGUCUCCUACCUGUUCAGCCAUGUUCCAUUGUAACUGCAAGAGAUUAUAGUGUGCCUUUGCAUAGGCUGCAUCAAACAGCACUGUCGUUAUUAUAAAUACUACAACUUGAUAAUGAACACCUUUUAAAAAGCUUCAGAGCUUGCAUACUUAGUGAUCCUUUUGUUUUCUGAUUAAUCUUUAUUUGUUGAAAAUGGAUGACAGCUCCAUCUUGGAAAAACCUUUUAUGAAUUCCCUUAAAGGCUUUAGGGGUUUGACCUGUGACUUAUUCUUACAGGUAGCUUGUAUUUCUUUGUCUGACUACAGCAAGAGGAGUAAAACAUUUCAAAACUUAGGGCUACCUCUGGAAAUCCCUCAAAUCUAUCUUUAAGAUAUUGCACAUUGGUUUAUAUUUAAUAAAAACUUGGAUGGACAAAGAGGUGGUUCUCUGGCUGUGUGAGAUUUAAAUCUUGUUUAAGGUUGUUAGCUACAUAUCUUUUUGCCUCCCUAGUGGAGAGAGUUCAAAGCAUUUUCCCUGAAGUUAAAUAAAAUUCUGGAGCUUGAUGACUAUCUCCUUCACAUACCUCAUGGUUAAACUUGUUGAGCAAGUCUUAUUUUUAUAGGGUUGGUAUGGCCAUGGCUUUGUGAUUACUUGCUCAUGCUGUCACUGCUAAAAUGUUACUUCAGAUGUCUGUUAAAACUGGGACCAGAUUCACCACACAUCUACCUGUGAAACUAGAAUAUCUGCAUUCUAAACUAAAACUAAACUAGUACAUUGUAUUAAAAGAUACAAGGUACAUUUUGCCACAUUUAAUUUUGUCUAUUAAUUAAACUUUCAAAGAAGCUACUGAUGCCUAACUUCAUUGCUCUUCUGUUUUUAAUAACCGUGAAUAUCACUUACCAAAAUUAUAAAUUUCCAUAACAAAUUUAAUCAACUCUAGGUAUCUUCAUAUUAUUCAGUGCAUUGUAUUUUACAGCAUAUGAAAUUCAAACAGUAUAAUCUUGCUUUUUGUGGUCAUCUAGGUGGUUUGUGAUGGUUAGUGAGCCUUUUUGUCUUUGAGUGCAAAGACAUUCCAUAGUUUAAUGACAGUUUUCCUGUUUUUUUUUAAGAUGGAGGAGUAGUCCAGAUAGCAAAUGCAGAUGUAUCUCUAUUUAUAAAAAGCCUAUAAGGUGUGAUCCCUGCCUGCAUUUGUCUGACACCAUAAUGUACAUGCAUUCAACUUGAGUAGGCUUCCCUACUUUUAUGGGGAAGGUAGUAGAGCAUGACCUUUUUAUAUUCUGUGAGAUCACUUAUUGGUUUGCUGCCACCAUUGGUUUGGUUGGCUCUCGAGUCUCAAGUGCCCUAUAAAUAGGGAGUCAAAGCCAUUUUGAAAGCAAUUUAACAGUUGAAAUGCUGGGACUCUUUGGUUUUUUUCUUAUAGUUCAUUAUUAGAUACAGCUGUCAUCAGUAAUUAAGGUUUUAAAAUCUUGUCUACUGAAGUCUAGAACUUAGUGUUCUGAAGAGCCUUACAGGUCUAAAAGGAGAGUGUGCUGAGCCACAGGCAUCACAUGUUCAUUUACUUGGAUCAUGCCAGAUAUUGAAAUAGAAGUAUAAUUUUAAAAAGUCUCUUGUGGCUGUGGAUACCACAAGAUUUCAACCAGUUCUUUGCUAGAACUGCUCUACUAGGUCACAAUGCACUUAGAAUAUUAGACUAAUAUUGAUAUUUACCAUUUCAGUUUCCUCCUAAUAAUUCUCAGACUAUUACAUCUAGGUAUUCUUUUCAGUACUAUGCUAGCUGUCGUACGUUUUGUUCAGUAUUAAAAAAGUUCCAUUGUACUCCUUACAGAAAGUAGAGGAAUGGUGGUGGUAAGAAGCCUAUCUGCGUCACUCAUCCAAAGCAAAAAUUCAAUUCUGGAGUUUCCUCCUAUUUAAUUUCUUAUUCUGGUUUUAUUUUUAAAUCUCUGUAGCACAACAGGAUAACUCUACAUUGCCUACUGGCUGCGGAAAAGUUUUUUUUUUAUCUAACCCCUUGUCUUAAGGUUGUAUUUCCUAAAAUGCUAUUCUGCAGUGAAGUCUCUACUGCAAAACUAUGGUUGUAUAGUCUUGAUCAUACCAAAGUUUGGUUGACUGAAAACUUCAAAAGUUUUAUCAUACCUCUCCUUUCAUUGGUUUGUUUAGUAUUCUAAAAAGCAUCUGUUGGUGUUUUGAAGAUCAGGUCUCUGUUACAAAUGAAAUGUUGAAUGGGUUGCCUUUUAUUGUGCUCAAUAAAAUUUUUAAUUGUG